AUGGAGACAGAAGCGAGAGGCGGCAUGGAUACCGCUUUGUACAAGGCCGCGACGCAAGGGAACGUGGGGAGCCUGAGGAAGCUGGUGGAGAAAGACGUCAAGAUCCUCAACUCCAAGACGCCGCAGUACAACACGGCGCUCCACCUGGCCGCCUUGCACGGCCACGCCGAGUUCGCCCGCGAGGUCCUCGCCGUGAGCGAGGAGCUGAUCGUCGCCAGGAACGCCGACGGCGACACCGCGCUGCACCUAGCCGCCAAGACGGGCAGGCUGAAGGUGGCGGAGCUGCUCGUCGGCCUCGCGCGGGCCUGGCCGGACGAGCCCCCUGAUAAUAAUGACCAACAGGGAGGGCAACAACCCGCUGCACGAGGCGGUGCUGCACCGCAAGACCGCCGUGGCGCUGGCGCUGCUGGACGCCGACUGCAGCCGCGCCUACGACCUCAACGAGAAGAUGGAGUCCCCGCUGCACAUGGCCGCCCGCGAGGGCCUCAUCCAUGUCGUCCGCAAGGUAUUCGAUUUCGCCUGGGUCGAGCCGGCGGAGUACCUGCCAUCUGCCGCCGUCAGCGGCACGGCUCUGCACCAGGCCGUGCUCGGCGGACACACCACCGCAACAAGGAUGGGCAAUCCCCGCUGCACGUCGCCGCUCAGUACGGCUCGACGGACGCUGUCAAGGCGCUGCUCCGGCACUGCUCCGAUGUGGCCGAGAUGGUGGACAUCAACGGCCGCAACGCCUUCCACGCCUCCGUCAUCAGCGGCAAGGCGAACGCGCUCAGGUGUCUGCUCCGCCGCGUCCGUCCCUCGGAGCUGCUCAACUGCGCCGACAAAAACGGCCACACGCCACUGCACCUCGCCGCCAAGAUAAACCACGUUGAGUGCGGGCAGCUGCUUCUCAACGACCGCCGCGUCGACCCCUGCGUCCGCGACGGAGACGGCCUGACGGCGCGCUGCCUCGUGGAGAAACGGAUGCGCACCGGCGUGACGGAUACCUACCAGAUGCACUUCUGGAAUCAGCUCAAGCAGGAGUCCAAGACGGGCAAGGGGCAGUUAUUGCCGCCCUCUAGCAUCCGAAGCAAACGCAGGCCCCUCGACGACAAAGACUUCGACAAGGUCGUCGAUGCCUACUUCCUCGCCGCCACCCUCAUCGCCACCGUCACCUUCGCUUCCACCUUCACCAUGCCCGGCGGCUACGACCAGGCCAAGGGCAUCGCCCUUCACGGUCACAACAGCGCGUUCAAGAUUUUCGUAGUCUCGAAUAGCGUCGCCAUGUGCAGCUCCAUCGUCGUCAUAUUCUUGCUCAUCUGGGCAAGGCAGGAGACCGCGAUUCUGAGGCUCCACUACCUCGUGUGGAGCCAAAAGCUGACCAUCGUCGCCUGCCUCGCUAUGCUCCUCUCGCUCAUGACCGCCGUCUAUAUCACCGUGGCGCCGAGACAGCGCCGUGGCCUGCCUAUGCUGUCAUAG